GGCAAAGCCUAUUGCCGCAAGGAUUACUUCGACAUGUUCGCUCCGAAGUGUGGGGGCUGCGCCCGGGCCAUCCUGGAAAAUUACAUCUCUGCCUUGAAUACCCUGUGGCACCCUGAGUGCUUUGUCUGUCGGGAAUGUUUCACGCCGUUCAUCAACGGCAGCUUCUUUGAGCAUGAUGGGCAGCCCUACUGUGAGGUGCAUUAUCACGAACGCCGCGGCUCGCUGUGUUCCGGCUGCCAGAAGCCCAUCACGGGACGCUGCAUCACCGCCAUGGCCAAGAAAUUUCACCCAGAACACUUUGUCUGUGCCUUCUGCCUCAAGCAGCUCAACAAAGGAACCUUCAAGGAACAGAAUGACAAGCCCUACUGUCAGAACUGCUUCCUCAAACUCUUCUGCUAGACGCAUCCUAGCUGGGAACGGAGCAUCUUUCUGCCCCCUCACUAGGCAGCCGAGUCUCUCUGAGCAUUACUGUGAUUUAGAAACCUU